AUGGCUCAGGCGUCUGGAAACCCUAACGGCGUCCCCGAGUCUGAGGGGCCGCUCCUGAAAAUUCAAAAGAUUCACGAAAACGGUGGCGUUUACGAGUGCAGAUCUCAAGAAGAAGUUCCAUUUUUAAGGGUGAAAAAGCUGUCUGAGAAGGCAGUUUUGCCUUCAAGGGCUUCCCCUCUUUCUGCUGGCUACGAUCUAUCGAGCGCAACGGAGACGAAAGUCCCAGCCAGAGGCCAAGCGCUGAUACCGACGGAUCUCAGCAUUGCUGUUCCUCAAGGAACAUACGCUCGUGUUGUAAAGGAGAAAUUAUGUUGGCCAGAAGCUCGAAAACCUCCUUAA